UUCAAUCAUGCCACCUACACCAACACCCGUCAAAGGAGCCAAAAAGGCGUCCAAAUCUAAAGUCCCUCGUACUGGAGACAAGAAGAGGAAGAGGAAGAGGAAGGAAAGUUAUUCUAUCUACAUCUACAAAGUCAUGAAACAAGUCCAUCCUGAUACUGGCAUCUCGAGCAAAGCUAUGUCCAUCAUGAACAGCUUUGUUAACGAUCUGUUCGAAAGAAUCGCUAAUGAGGCCAGCCGUUUAGCUCACUACAACAAACGUUCAACUAUCAGCAGUCGUGAGGUCCAGACCGCUGUCCGUCUUCUCCUCCCUGGUGAGUUGGCCAAACACGCUGUCUCUGAAGGUACGAAAGCUGUCACAAAAUACACCAGCACCAAGUAAAUCUUCCUCGUAUUUGAAAACCCAAAUGGCCCUUUUAAGGGCCCCUCAUAUCCUGACCACUGUUCAUCUCAACUUAUUGUCGAGUUAAGCUAUUACUGUCGCUGCUGCUUUCUUAGUCACAAGCGAAUACAUAGACCAAAAUAAACUUCAUACGACGGGAUUUGACCAUUAUUGGGCAUAUCCAUAUCUGGGUCGACAGCUUUAUUAUCAAAUUUAUUUCAUCAAAUCUAGCUGGUUACUAGCUAGUAUAUCAGCACUGGAUUCUCGCUAGUUAUUGUCAUUCCGCCCCAGGUUAAGUUCGUGCUUUCGCAUUAUUUUCAGGCUUUAUCCAACGUAUCCCAGAUUACAUUAUCUAUCUUAUUUUCCAUUUCAAAAUUUAUUUCAGACGUUAAACUAGGGGACACUCCGAGUCAUUUGUCUUUUAUUAAAAGCCCAUCAGUAAGAGUAGAAAUUUCAAUCCCAAUCAAAAGAAAGCACAGUAUUGUUCUGGUACCAGAUGGACGAGUCGUGGAUUUUGGAACGCCUUUAAAAGAUUGGAUGACUACGCGAGACUACCUACAAGGGCAUUUUUCGCAUGUUCUAUUUUCCAUUUCAAAAUUUAUUUCAGACGUUGAACUAGGGAAUACUCCGAAUCAUUUAUCCUUUAUUAAAAAUCCCAUCAGAAAGUGUAGAAAUUUCAAUCCCAGUCAAAUGAAUAGUUUACUGGUACCAAAUCAGAUGCACAACUAACGGAACUUCCUCCCAUCAACGACCAUAUGAGCUUGUAUAAGAGGUUUAAGGAAA